GAGACUCAGGAAAAGAAUAACCUGAGAUGAACUGAGUCAGGCUGCCCCUGAGCCUCUGGUCUUUGGGUUCCCAGGAACAUCUCAAUCCUUCCAUCUUCUCUGGAGCAGCUUAGGGUAGUGGUGAAACUAGUGUUGAAGAUUAAACAACCGAGAAGCACCGAGGCAGAAGAAAAAAGUUUUAUUUGAGGGGUAGAAGAGAGAGAGAGAGAGACUCCUCCAGAGAGGAGGGGUUCUAAAGCUGGUGCCCCCUAGGAAUUGGGGUGUCCUGCCAAUUUUAUACAUUUUAGGUUUCCUUUCUGCUCAUGCCCCUUCCUCCUCUUAUCUUGCCUGUGAGAUCAAAAGGUGCAGUGACCAAGGAUCUGGAAAGGAGCUGCCCAAGGGACAUCCAUUAACCACUCCUUGCUGGGAAGAACAAUCCCCUGUAGGCAGGUGACUUUGGCAGCUGGUUGGAGAAGGGGGUAUUAGCAUUUUAUUUCCUUUUGAAUCAGCUCCAUCUUCCAGUUCAUUAAUUCGUUAUCUACCCUGACUGUCCUUUUGUCCCAGUUUCAGUGGGAGCCCCUAGGCUGGAAGACUUGGGGUCAAAUCCAGACCCUGAGUGCUAGAGGCAGGUGUUAGAAGAUUAACUGAGGUAAUUAUACAUGGGUGCAUAUAUAUACAUAUAGUAGGUGCCCAAGAAAGACUUAUUUUUCUUUAUCAAUUAGUCCUGUGAUCUUAAAGUAAGCAAUGACUGUGAAUCUCUCCUUCCUCAUUUAUAGUAGUCGCUUUGCUGCUGUCCUAAGACAUGAAUGAACAUGUUAGCAAAGAACCUGGGGAAUUAGAAGUUUCUCUCUCACAAAGCAUAAUAGCCUGUCUUCUUCCAAGACCUUGGCAGCAUGGUAAUGGAUGGCUGAGGAGACAGGUGGCCGGCAGUGUCUGUGUGAUGAGUGUCUUCUAGCCACCGCUGAACCACCACGUAGAGGCUGUGCAAUCUGGUGAAUCUGUGCAAAGUGGCUGGGGUUGGAAUAGGACCUGACCCAGCUCUGCUCCCAAUCCCUGGGACUAGAUUUCACUUUUCCCGUUUGCCUGUGACACUUUUCACCAUGGAGCAUUCUCACCUGGCAAGGGGGUGCCUUGGAUGCCAGAAGAUUGAAGAUGGGCGUGAACAUAACCCGCAGCAACAAGGAGACCGUUAGGCACAGUGAUGUCCUGUUCCUGGCUGUGAAGCCACACAUCAUCCCCUUUGUCCUGGAUGAGAUUGGGGCCAGUGUACAGGCCAGGCAUAUUGUGGUCUCCUGUGCAGCCGGUGUCACCAUCAGCUCUGUGGAAAAGAAGCUGAUGGCGUUCCAGCAGGCCCCCAAAGUGAUUCGCUGCAUGACCAACACACCUGUGGUGGUGCGGGAGGGUGCCACAGUAUAUGCCACUGGCACCCACGCCCUGGUGGAGGAUGGGCAGCUCCUGGAGCAGCUCAUGAGCAGUGUGGGCUUCUGCACUGAGGUGGAAGAGGACCUGAUCGAUGCCAUCACGGGCCUCAGCGGCAGUGGACCUGCCUAUGCGUUCAUGGCCCUGGAUGCAUUGGCGGAUGGUGGGGUGAAGAUGGGUGUGCCACGGCGACUCGCAGUUCGAUUAGGAGCCCAGGCCUUACUGGGCGCUGCCAAGAUGCUACUGGAUUCAGAGGACCAUCCAGGCCAGCUCAAGGACAAUGUGUGCUCCCCUGGCGGGGCUACCAUCCAUGCCCUGCACUUCCUAGAGAGUGGGGGCUUCCGCUCUCUGCUUAUCAAUGCAGUUGAGGCUUCCUGUAUCCGAACACGAGAGCUGCAGUCCAUGGCUGACAAAGAAAAGAUCUCUCCGGCUGCCGUUAAGAAGACCCUCCUAGACAGAGUGAAGCUGGAGUCUUCCACAGUGUCCACACAAACCCCCUCCAGCCCAGGAAAGCUCCUGACAAGAAGCCCAGCCCUGGGAGGCAAGAAGGACUAAGGCAUCAUCUGCCUUCAUCUCUGUGAUCCCAGAGCUCUUGCCUGACGGGUCUUGACCCCUGUUCCCUCCUCCAGCUGCAGGAGGGGCCAGCUCAGGUGGUUUCAGUUCCCUCUGAUAAACUCCUUAGACCUAUUCAGACUAAGCUGCACUAGUUGCCUCUCCUGUGCCAUGGGGGAAGAUGCUCUGAGGGGUGGUGGUCAAUGCUGGAAGCCAGACACAUCCCUGUACACCUCUGCUCAUAGAGUGGCUGAUCCCUGAGUCAGUGCUUAGCUGAGGGGGAAGGUCUGGGGAAGACUUCAGUUGGUGUCCUUCUGGAGUUUGAUAUCAAGACAAAGAAGCAAGAAAAAAAAAAAACAUGAAAGGCCCAUCUGAAUUGAUACAUGGAAAGGAAAUGAGCAAUUUAAAAUUAUUACAGUUAAUCAGAAGUGUGUGGUAUUAGGAGCUUGGGUGUAGUUCAGUGGUAGAGAAUUUGACCAGAAAUGGUGAGGCCCUGGGUUCCAUCCCCAGCAUCACAAAAAGAAUUUUAAAAAAGAAGUGUGUAGUAUUAGAUAAUGCUUAUAUUUAACUAUAGCUUCAUAGAUGUGCCAUUUAGAAAGUGUUAUUCAGUGCUAAGUGCUUUAAUAAAGUUUAUUUUAUAUUA